GCCCGCCCGCCUGUCAGCGCGCAAUCCAGCAGCGCACGGGCUAACUUGUAGUCGUAGUCGUACCCGCCUCAGAGCAGCCUCCGCGCCCCACAGCGCCGCGGAGCAGCUCCCCGGGGACAGAAGUGCGCCAUGACGUCCCGCGGCGGCGCGUUCCGCCGCUUGUUCGACCGACGCGACAGCCUCGUCAGUUCUCUCGGAAAACUCCGCGCGCACAGUGUCGGCGGCGGCGUCCGGCGGCCGGACCGCGGAGCGGAGCGCGAGGAGGCGACGCCGGCUGCCCCCGACGUCGCCCCGUCUCGGCCAAACAGGAAGAGUCAGGGGCGGACGAGCGAGGACACCCUCCCCUUCUCGGCGUUCUUGACCGACAACUUUGGCCGGAGGCACAGCUACCUACGCGUCUCCCUGACAGAGAAAUGCAACCUGCGCUGUCAGUACUGUAUGCCAGAGGAGGGAGUGAAGCUCACACCAAGGGGCCAGCUGCUGUCCACCUCGGAGCUACUGACCCUGGCUCGCCUCUUCGUCCAGGAGGGCGUGGACAAAAUUCGACUGACUGGGGGAGAGCCCCUCAUCAGACCUGACGUGGUGGAUAUCAUUGCAGAACUGAAGAAGCUGGAGGGCCUGAAAACAGUAGCAGUAACAACCAAUGGCAUGAACUUGGCCAGGCUGCUGCCCAAGCUGAAGGAUGCUGGCCUUGACCUCAUCAACAUCAGCCUGGAUUCACUGGUCCCUGCCAAAUUUGAGUUCAUUGUCAGGCGGAAAGGUUUCCACAAGGUCAUGGAGGGCAUUGACAAGGCCAUUGAAAUGGGCUUCAACCCUGUCAAGGUCAACUGUGUGGUCAUGCGAGGCCUGAACGAGGACGAGUUGCUGGACUUUGUGGCGCUGACAGAAAAGAAGCCUCUGGAGGUGCGUUUCAUCGAAUACAUGCCCUUCGAUGGCAACAAGUGGAACUUUAAGAAGAUGGUGAGUUACCAGGAGAUGCUGGAUCGCAUCAGGCAGCAGUGGCCAGAGCUGGAAAUGCUUCAAUCUGGACACACAGACACGGCCAAGACAUUCAAAGUGCAGGGCUUCAAAGGUCAGGUUGGCUUCAUCACCUCCAUGUCCGACCACUUCUGUGGCUCCUGCAACCGCUUGCGCAUCACUGCCGAUGGCAACCUCAAGGUGUGUUUGUUCGGCAACUCUGAGGUGUCUCUCAGAGACAUCUUGCGCUCCGGAGCAUCCGACAAAGAGCUACUGCAAAUAAUCGGAUCAGCUGUGGGCAGGAAGAAGAAACAACACGCAGGCAUGAUCAGUAUCUCCCAGAUGAAGAACAGGCCUAUGAUCCUCAUUGUGUCCUCGACUGAUGAUCUCCUUCCAACAGCAUCAUUGACAGACAUUCUGCCAGAAUCACAGGACAGCCGGAACGCCUCCACCAUCGUUUCCCAGCUCACAAACGACACGUCCCUCUGUCCAACAGCAGCUCCUCAUGUGGCCCUCUCAGGCAGCAGGAGGGUCCUGAAUGGAGAUUGCUUUUUGUGUCUUCCAGAUCACGAUGCUUCAACACCAGCAGCCCACGCCUGCUGCUCUAGAACCUCAAAGAGCGGGGGAACACGUGUCAUGUCUCACAUCAGCAAAGACAAACCUAAUGCGACAGGCGACCUCCACAGUGUAGCAACACUUGGUGCUGGUCUCCCUUUCACCAACUGUCACACCAAGACUUCAACUUUUACUACACGCACAAAUGUUAUGAGCAACAUUUCUGAAGACCGUAUCAGGCAUGCACAACCCAGGGGUCCAUUAAAGAGCCUCUCACUCAGAACCUCAGGACCUUUUUUUUGCACACUAUCGAAUCCCAAAGUAAUUCUUAAAUACCACAGUGUUAGACUGUGCCACGGUCAGAACUCCAGCAAAGACCCCAGCGUCAAACUCAGACCAUCUGUGAGCGAUCAGGCCAUGUCCGGCACAGAUGUGUCCAGCGCGCAUCCGGAUGAAACCACAGAAGCCCGACUGAUGCAUACAGACACCAAGGGCCAAGCCACCAUGGUGGACGUUGGGGGGAAAGUUCCCACGCGGCGAACAGCCACAGCCCGCGCCACCGUCAUCUUGGGCCCCACCGCUUUCCAGCUGCUUCGGGUCAACCAGCUGGCGAAGGGCGACGCCUUAGCCGUGGCGCAGCUGGCUGGCAUCAUGGCUUCCAAGCAGACCUCAGCCCUCAUCCCGCUCUGCCACCCUCUCCCCUUAGAUCAUACGUCUGUCACCUUCGACCUGGAAGAGCGGCAGAAUGCCGCGGUCGUCACCGCAACGUGCAGCACGACCAGCAGGACGGGAGUCGAGAUGGAGGCCUUGACGGCUGUUUCCGUGGCGGCACUGACCGUCUACGACAUGUGCAAGGCUGUGAGCCAUGACAUCAUCAUCACAGACGUGAAACUGGUCAGUAAGACGGGCGGGAAGAGGGACUUCCAUCGUUACCCUCGACCACUCACCCACCAGGAAAACUGAGAGUUGCGGACAUUGAACCCUUGUCCCAACUUUCACAAGCAGUGUCAUUUUGUUCUUUAAAAUAGAAUGAAGGCCAUCAGAUUAAUAUGAAAAGAUGCUGUAAUCUUUCUUUUUUUUUAACUGCCUGAAACUUAGCCAGUGACGUUUUGAUUUCUUGAUCACUCACUUAACUCACAAAGUGAAUAAUGCUCUCUAAACAGUAUUCAUUUCCACACAUAAUUUAAGUGUGUGAUAAAUAAUGGAAUGGGAAAGUGGUGGAGGGUUUACAAUAGAUGUAGGGCAGCAGUUUUUAUUUUUGCCUCUAGGUGGCACUCAAGUAUUUCUUCAGAAGGUUGUCAGUGAAGAUCAACCUGAGGACGACCUCAACAUGACCUUUGAAGAUGUUUCAAUCCAACAUGGACAUGGAGCAACAACAGAGUAAUGGGAGCAGAGAAGUGUGUGUGUAUGUGGCUUUUCUCAGGUCUGCUUUCAAAUAUCGCAUAUUCACACGUCUUCCUCUAUUAACCUGCUGCGCAGCACAAAUGUUUUUUGCAAUUGAAUUGUAAUCAUCUGUAUGAAAUGAAACGCUAUGUUCUGAAUUUUUGUCUGUGAAAUCUUUCUCAAGUCUACAGAGGUACAUUUUAGUUUUCCUUUUCAUUCUACGUCUGUAGUUAUUGUUUUAAUGACUAACAACAAAAAUUACCCUGCACAAGGAAGAAUGUGAAUCGUGUCUGCUGAGUUGACGUUGGUGUACAUUAUAUAUGUAUAAAAAUUUGUUAUAUAAGAAAAAAUCCUUGUAUGAUUGACCUGCUUGGUGAACGGAUGCAGCAUGUGUCAUAUUUAUUUGUCACAUUACUGUAGACCGUUCAAACAUGUCCUCUUUGCAGACCUCAAUAUUGCCUUUUUUUGUAUAGCAAGUACUUGCUAUGUUUUGCAUCCAGCUGACUUCAUUGCUCUCCUUACUUUUUUUUGAAAAAAAUUAAUAAAUGCAAACUGAGUAAUUGAA